GGAGACACUGUGGAAAGCAAUUAAACCGACACUUUAGAAGAAAAAUCUGUUUGCAGGUACGUGAUUUGCGGGCUGAGAUUAGCUACGACGUCAAGAUUAUAAAUGAAGUUUGAGUAAUCCUUCAAACCGCGAGAUAUUUUCCUCUCUUCUGCCUUUUGGCGAAAUAAGUGUGGUAUCAUGGCAUUGUUUGACACGUUCAGUCAUGAAUAGGUAUAAUCUUAUCGCACAAGUUAUUACCAACACCCAUUGAGUCAGGUACGGCUAGGAUAAGUACAUGUGCUUAAAAUGACAGUUAUUAAGCAGUAGUAAUUGAAAUGCUGGCAUGACGACGUUGUUAACAGUCAUAGCCAGCAAUUUUUUUUAAAUUCUCUCUCUCUCUCUUUAGAACUUGAGGGGUAGCAAAAGUUCUUGUGGCUGACAAACUGAUUUACAAAUUUUUUUAAGGUAAGUGGAUAGAAGUAAACUUUAACUAUAGUUGCAGCAAGCGGCGCAUGGUGAUUAUCUUCGCUGCUUUGUUCUUUGCUCGGGUUCAGAUACCUGCGAGAGGAGAGCACACUGAGAAUUCAGGCGUUUUUAAAAUACAAUUAUAGUCCGGGAGCCACAUGUACGACUUGUACAGGUUAUCAGCAUUAUAUAAAAAGCCAAUGUAUUUAAAUCCUUCUCGGUGAAAUUUUUCACUCUUAGAGCAACCUUGGCCUAUGAAACGUGUUUAAAAGAGGAAGAAGAAAGAAGGAAAAAAGCUUUGUUGUAACCACCGUCAGGGAAAUACUUGUGACAAGUGAUUUAGAACCCCUUCCUUCAUUUUCGUCACAAGCUGACUUCUACAAAACGGCAUAUUUGAUCAGGAGAAACAACAUCGAUCUCAUGUCACGGCACUAUGCUAGUAAUAUGCUCCCAACAAUCGUGGAUAUCUAUAUGAAGUUUUCAUCAACGACUUCUUGCAUAUCACUAUGAUACCCAUUCUCCUUAGAACACUGCAAAUCUUUAAGAUGACUUUAACAAUGAAAAAGAUACUUCACGACUUUACAAGGACAUACCAACCCUCCCCCCCGUCCCCCAUCCCCUGAAACCACAUUCUCAUAUUGCCUUUACUUAAGGAAUAAGUCUUGUAAUCAAGGGGCCCGUUUACCAAAGGUCACGUUCCGUUACCAAUGUUUUAUAAUUAAGUCAAACCUUAUAAAGAGCGGUCGCGCGGGCUUGUCCACAAUCGAACUUAUGUCGUUAUAAAGUGGAACCCCGCCUUACGACCACCCCGUUUAUAAGACCACCUCGUUAUUACGGCCAUAUUCUUUCAAACCGAAAGUAAAAAACAUUGAGUCAUUUUAUUAUUUUGAAGACCCCGUUAAUGCGACCACCUCCUUAUUACGACCAGGAUUUUAUGGCCCAACGGUGGUCGUAUUAUUAUUGAUUUUCUUAAUUUAAACAUUGCGGCCCCAAUAUGGUCGUCUUCCAGAAAAGCCGUACAUAGGACACGAGUACGGACUUAUCGGUCUGAAUUCAGUUCAACACGAGAAAGUGGUCUGCUAAGUACAUCCAUUUAUUAUCUUUCAAGAAUCUCGUUUUUCUAUUAUCACCCUUUAGAAACGUGAGUGUUGGUGGGAUGAAGAUGCUAAUUAAAAAGUAGUUUUAAAUCAUGGCAUUAUUUAGAUGCCAGAACGGAUUAAGGCACUCUAUUAAGCUAUGAAAAGAAGAGGUUCCCCGACUGUGCUAGCAGGUCAUGUUUUUAACCUACAGGAAGGGAGGUGAAUACAUAGAAUUCAUGUUACAUAUACAUCUUGCUGUGAAAAUUCGUAUUUCUAAAAGUACAAUAAAAUAUGAUAAAACUGCGAAAAAAAAUAUAAAAGAACUCCCUUGUACACGAAGGAGAGUAAAAUAUUUUGCAACAAGGAAGGAGCCAAAUCAUCGCAUGAGGCGUGAAUAUUGAAAUAACUGAGUAAAUUAUGUCUGUGAUUAAUAUCAUUAAACGUAUGGCUGUUGUUAAAAAUGCAAAUUUAUUUGCCUGUGGAGAUGUUUAUUUGUUUCACAUUUUGAACAAAUCACGGAAGACGUCUUCCCAAAAUAACAGCAAUAUCGAGAGCUUUACAAAGCACUUGUUAGGUUCUUGACGAUGUGGUAAAUCUGAUUACGGAAUGCUUUCAUUCCGUCUUAUUAAAAAUUGAUGGAAUAGCAAUUAUAUUUAAAAAUAGGGCGAAACUACUCACUAUUAAAAAAAAAUGGAACAUUUGGUGAGAAUUAAAAUUUCUCGGUGAUCUUCUCAGGUUUUACGGUUAGUGUCUAGUUCAGUUUACCGCAGAAUAUGUCAGCGAGUAAUCUUGGCCACUUUGCGUGCAGUUCACAAAACAAAUUAACAGUCUAUCAACUGUGAUAUACCUGUACGGCUCCUUUGGCUUAAAGUUGCGGUUGACCAAGCAACUAUAGGACACGGAAGUUGUCGUACUGAUAACGACGGUUAAAUUGAGAGCGAGAUACUCAUUCGUGCAAUGUGACAGAGAGAAACGGGAAAAACAAAGUCAAACAACCUUUCCUGAGCCAGGUUAUUUCACAUGAAAAAAGAAACACCUAAAAUCCUUGAAACACCACAAGGUAAAGUACUUAUUGUACAAAUUAGUAUUAGAAUCACAAAUUAUAAUAGGAGUUCUCUGAACGCGUGAGAAAUUAUAAUUGACGAUAUAUCACUGAUUGUAUCAGACGUCUAACAUAAGCAAUUUAGCACUUACGCUACCGCUUAAGAAAGAGUUUUAGCGACCAAGAGGACCAUAAGUGGCAUAUUAAGGGACAAAAUUGUAUUUCUUCCUUUGCUAAGCUGUUUUAUGUAUUUAGGUAUUUAUUUAUGUUUAUUUAUUUUAAUUAUUUAUUUAUUCACUUGUUUAUUUUUGAAAAAUAUGCUGUGAGGCAAACUAAAGAGACGGCGAAAUUGACAUAACAAACUGCCGCAAAGGAAGGAAGAUAACUGAAAAAUGAGAAAUUAAAGAACACGAAAGAAAACAUACUCAGAAACAAGCCGCAACAACAAAACAACUGAAGAAGUUAAAUAUCCACUCGGUAAACGAAACACUGGGUGUCAAAUUUUCCAUGUAAAUAAAGAUAAAACCGGAGGCUUGUUACCCCAUUCUGUGAAACAUCUACAAAAAAGGGUAAAGGACUCAGUGAUUUUAGCGUAGAAUACUAGCAUUCUCUCAGGAUUGUCGCGUGGGCAAGAAUUUAACGUGCGCGUGUGCCUCGCUCGCUCCCUCGCACGUUACAUGCUCCCCUGCGCUACAAUCCUGAUGGCCUGCAGAUAGUGUAAUUUUAGUGCGUUUGUCUACGAAGCUCUGACAAGAGGACUCAGACACCCAAGUGAAUUGUUUGGGUUAUCCAAAGAAAUCACUCUUGCUUAAUUAUGAACCUUUGGACGGGGUUCACAGCCAUUUAGCUACCAAUCAUCCCGACACACGUACACACGAUCUUAAGCACGUGAUGUUCAUUACGGACAAAAUUCACUUCGACAAACAAAGCAGCAAGGCUCAGGAUAGUUAAUAGAAAAAUGAACUUUGGAAUGAAAGAACACCGCCAGUGUGGCAUCCUUAGUCCACGGAAACCUAACGACCUUUUUUCUGUGAAAUAACUGUUUGAAGAAGGAAAUAUUAUCUGCUAGAGAAAUUCUGAAGUUUUCUAAAGAAAGGCUAAAAAUUCUGGAUAACCGUUUCAUUUUUUUAAGAUCAUUCGGAGUUUUUCUCGUUCUAACUUAACUACAAUUUUCGGAAGUUGUGUUUUUCACAUUUUACUACCAAGAUAUUGCGAUAGAUGUUAAAAAAGGUCGCUUGAAAAUUUCGGAAUAAAGACAGAAUGUCCCCUAGAAUAGUACGGCUAUUCCAUGUCCUUGAACUUUCGACCGGUCCCAUCAGGGCAGCUGAAAGUUUCAGAUGAGACGAAGAACGGCCACCUAAAAUUUUCGAGACGUCCAAAGUUCCUCUAUAAGACAUCCGAAGCGAUAAAUAGGUUGAAAGGCAGCUCCAGAUUAACCAAAGCCGAGAGAAAAUCAUGUGAGACAUUUCUGACGUGAUUGGAAACAGUUGGUCGUUGGGUUCCGCUAUCAUAGUGCAUCGCGAUAACUUUUUAUUACUCAGAUUGCCGAGUCUUUAAUGACUAGACCCCUGUAAAAUUUCAUACACAGUCCAUAGUCGAUAGUAGACAGUCCUCAACCUGAAUUCUGUAUCUGAAUGGACGGAGAAAAUCAGAAGCCCGAACAUUAAAGAUUUAAUUUCGUUUUACAUUCUCAAAUCCUCGCUGCACAUUUCGUCAUCAGCUGGUAACAAUAAUGAAAUAGCAAUAGUAACCAUCUAACGACUCAACAAACCAUUUUUUACAAAUUUUUUGGAUAGUGCUUCAAACCCAAAAAAACGAGAAACAAUCAAUUUAAUUGUAGGGUCUUAAAUCACGUGACAUCAGCUGUUCCAUCGUCAUCACUAAGGUUAGUACCGUACGUACGCUUGUCCGUGACUUGUGAUAUAUCUUUCACUGUUGCACAUGAGCAAUUUUAAUUGAAAAUUAAAACCGUCUACAGUUCAAACUUCAACCAUUUUGAAUUUGGUAAGUCAUCGCUCUCCAUGGAAUACGUUUAAAUCCAUUCUGCCGUAAAAUCACAUGCAAUAAUGGCCUGAGUUGUUAUUUCAGUGUUCUUCGGGUAAAAAUAAUCAACAUCAUGGGAUUAUGUUAAUUUAAUAUGUUUUCUAGGAAACUGUAAUGUCAAUGAGGGAUAUCAAGGUAGACAAUUGGAUAUUGAACCUGAUUAAGGGAGGGAUAUUUUUUACCCUGUAGAAUAUUGAUGACUUUUUUAAAAAUGCAUAUUCUGAACUGAGACUCCUAGACGACAUUUUUCAAAGGAAUUACUUUAACAGAGCAUUUGCUUCGUACCGAAAUCGUGUCACGUCACUGAAUUUCGCCUUCGUGCGGAGUAGUUAAGGGUUUUGGCACACACGCAAUCUAUAGCUGGGUAAAUAAUCUAUGCUAUAAAUGGCUUGGGAUGUCAACUUGUGAUAUGCAUCGUGAUAUUUUUACGGAAACUCAACAUGCUUUGAUACAUUUUAUCACUCAUCUGCCGUAUGCAAUAUAAGUUAUACAGCGUACCAAAGAAUGAUGUGAUUGGUGAUAGCUAAUCACUAGGUCUGCCGUUAUUAAAUCUUUCUGAUCAUGACUUCUUUGAACUUACCCGAUUUUCCGACUCCUGAUUCCCCAAAAACGAUCACUUUAAAGGGCUUGUUAUGGUGGUCUUUCAUUUUUUUCUCUUGAUUACGCAGUCUUUUAACCAGAAUAGACUUGCAGCUGUUCACAAAACUUGCCAAACAACGGUUUGGCUUUCAACCAAGCUUUACGUUGUUAUUGGGCUCUGGCUUUAGUCCGUUUAAUUCUUGAUCUUGUGAAAUAACUCAAUCCAGGUAAGAGCACUCAAAAGUCAGCUUUGGAGCUGAUAUAAUUACACCUCCCAGCUGUCCAACGCUUGUAGUGAUAGGCUGCGGUUCUCGCAAUGCUCAGUAGCUAGACGUUGAGCUGUCGCGUGAUCAGUAGAAAUAAAUAGGAGUGUGAACAUUCCGUCAAUACGUGACUGGGGUCACCAUCUGAUCGUGUUGUCAUUAGAAACUGUGUCACUGACCUCUUUAGUCCUAGCGUGACUGAAAGAUGAACAGAGAUUGGUAUACUGAGCCACACGAGAGGAUAAAAACUACGCUCUAGGCUUACGGUGACACCCGGACAUACUAGAGUUCUCCAAGACAAGAAGUAAUCGCUCAGAGAUGGACUCUUGUCGCUUGGCUGUUUUUGCCAACUGACUGGCUGUAGUCAGAACGACCGAGAAAGCUGUUUCUUUUUUUCUCGCUGUUGUUGUUUAGUGUUUUUUUCCUGUUUUUCGGCGUCAGAUUCCCCGCCGCCAAAAUUUCCCCGAACUCGCACAAGUGAACCCUAGGUAUACUGAGCCACGAGUAGAUAAAAACUGUGUUCUUGGCUUAUCGUAAUACCAUACACGCACUAGAGUUCUCCAAGACAAGACGUAAUCGUUCAAAACAGUAUGGGCUCUUGUCGCUUAGUUAAUUUUGUCAACUGACUGGCUGUAGUCAGAACGACCAUGAAAACUGUUGCAUAACAAGUGACCUAACGGAGAGUGGCCCUGGAGAAGACUACUGUUGUUACAGUCGAAUCCCGCUUUACGGACACCCCGUUAUUGCGGACAAUUUUCGGAUCAUUUUACGUUUCUGGGAAACUGCACACCUACCCCUCCCCUAAACUUACUUAGGGCAAAAUGUUGGCUUAGGGGAGGGGUAGGUGGGCAGUUUCACAGAAACGUAAAAUGAUCCCAGUUUUCCUGGUACCUGGGGAAAGUAAGCCCUCACAUUUUCUCUAAGUUCAACCCGCUCAAUGCGGACACCCCGUUAAUACGGACACUUUCUUUGGCCCGUCCUCAGGGUCCUUAUUAACUGGCUUUGACUGUGUAUUUAUUAAACCGCUGCUAUAAUGCUUAUAGCCUCGCAUUCAGUUUUGCCAGUGUAUGAAGAAGCAGCUCCAUCAGAAAAGCAGGUCUACACCGACAGGCUCUGCCUGCCGAAGUAGAGAAUGGUCUUUGUUUAACUUCAUUUCAAAACCGGUGCCAUAAUCGGGCUUAAACCUGUCUAUAAAAGACGGCAAACUUAAAUAAAAAUAAACAAACAAACAACAACAGCAUUCGUUUCUACGUCAUUCGUAAACAAUACCAAAAUAUACUCCGUCAAGAAAGACGCACUGACCUUAUGAAAAAACAAACAACCAAACAAAACAGCUUGUGGCCGAAGAUACGUUGUACUAUCUACAUUUAGCCUAGCCUGUUCCAAGCUCCAAGUCUUGAUAAUAUUUUCGUCUUGCUUUGCAGCGUGAUAGACAAGCUGAACUAAAAAGGAAAUUAAGGUUAAACAAAUAAAACUGAUCUUGUGUCUUUUGAAAUGUUCUGGGGUUUACGUUUCUCAAUUUUUUGUCGCGGUUUAGCAGAAGAUAUUUAUUAUAAUAGGCCACGGUACUCACAGGCUAGUCUGAUCGUGAUCUCAGUGUUUUAAGCAGUCAGUCAAAACACCUGUUCUGCGUUUAUUGCAUCAAAUUAGCAAUUAUACUAUUGAAAUCCUCAAUGCUUAAUCCGUAGAAAUGAAGCUUCACGAAAUUUCACGGAUAGUGCAACUUUCACUGUAGUAUGCCUGAAAAUGAAAAGUUGACCAUCUGUCUCGGCGUGGCAAAAUUACGUACCAAAUGUUUCUGCAGUUGUACUGUAAGUUAGUCUGACUGAAUCUUAAAAAUUUUUGUUGGUCCGCAGAAUUUAAACCAGCCGUCUCACAAGAAGCAACGACCGACGGCGCAAAUUGACUAUAAAGUCCAAAACCAGCUAAGGAACAGAAGCAAGUAGUCAAGUUAUUUACGGUAGGUCGGUCAAUCUGCUAGUACUAGAUGACAGCUUAGUUUCAUCCGUGAAUGAAAAUCUUAAUUUACUUUUUACUUUUCGUUGCGACGGCUAUUUUAUGCUCUGCAAGCAAAAGACUGAAUCAUCCAAUGUUUAGCACUAAUACUUAGCACCAUUUUAGUUACGCUUCCGAAAAACACGUUCAAAAGAAAGCGCUAUGUUCAUGUUGUACGUGUCCACUUCAUGGUAGUGUCUUUGGGGCCUGGCCUUUGAGGCUGGACUGAGAAGAAAAAUGUGUCCUUUUGUAUGUUCUUUUUUAUGCAAAAAGGGCAAAGAUAAAAGAAUGAAAUAGCACCAAAUUUUCUCUCUCAAACAAUUCUUAUAAGCGUUAAAAUAUACCUGCAAAGGACAGUAGUCACAAUAGCCACAGAGAUGGAAACUUCUCUGUAGAGUCAGAAGGAGCUGAGUGAGCGCCGUUAUAGAUCAGUUACACUAACAAUGGGUAUCUCCGACACAAAUGACAAGUGACAAGCCUGUUAUAUAUAUUAUAUAUAGGUCUACAUAUUUCGAUGUAAGCUUCAUCGCUCAUCAGCUAACAAGCACUGUAAUAGCGCAUUUCUUAUUUUAAUUAAUUUAUCAGAACAUGUCGAAACGGGAGUGAGUCAGACAAAUACUCACAUCAAUUUUUUCGUCAUUGUUUCUUCUCUGUUCUGUUUCCGAUGCAGAAUACCUUGAUGACCCCCGAAUGAUAGAUUGCUAGUCUUAAAUUAUAUCUGCAUCGAUCUAAGCUAAGGUUCGUUGCGGAUGCUUCGAGAGAGAAUGUACGUGUUCAUUCAUUGCAUUCUGUUACACUUAUGAACGACCAGUUUUCAGAUCAGUAUUCCAUGCAGAAUUCAUAGUGGACUGGUUUUCUGCCGCUCAGAAACAUCAGUAACCGAAAGCAAAACAAGCUGAAUUACAAAAAAGUGUACAGUUAUUUCAGACCUUCUAGCGCUAUUAGCCACCAGAGCUAUUAGCGUGCUUUAAUUAUCGAUUCGAUAAUUUUUUUUCUUUCUUGGCAAUCGAUAUCGAAAAGCAAACCUCUUGGACUCUAGGACAUGUCUAAAAGUUUGAUUGUAAAUAAUUAUGCUACUCCUUUAGGGCUGCACGUUGUUUUUGCGAUACUCAGUCACAAGUGAAUCACAAGAAAUUACAAUGGAUUGAUACAUUUAAAAAAUGACCUCACGCACGAACAAGCCAAACACAUGUCGCUGAUUAGAAAUAAAUGAUGUUUGUUAAAUUUUACCAAUAUAUUUCCACUUAGUCCUUGCCUUUAAUCGCUAUGAUCACUAAUAACUGUUUAGGUUUAAAAAACAUCUCUUAGCAUAAUUUGAGUGACUGUUAAUGUUGUUUAUAGUAGUUCCCGGCUAAAAGACCGUUCUCAGCUUACGCUAAAUGAGGGAGAGAUUUUGUCUGAGAAAAGUUUGGUUUUAACAAAAGAGUACGAAAGGACCAUACUUUCUUGGUUUCAGCAGUUUUUCAAAUCAAGAGGGAGUGCAGAAACUAGAUAUAAGAAGAUUCUUUCCGGACUCUUGCACGUCUUCCCGUACAACCUAUGCUAAUCUAGUAUUUGCAUUUAAAAACUAGACCAUUGUUGCUGCAUGAUGAGCACUGGCGGGUGGGGGGGUUUUGGGGGCGUUUGCCUAGCAUGAUAGAAGCAAAAAUGUUUUGUUAUUCUUUAUCAGAACCAUAAGAUGCCACUCGUCUCGUCAAAUGGAAAAUGUGAUCUUAAAAUGAUCUCAACUAUUGUUACAGACAACUGCGAUUUUUUUUAAGGUCAUAUCAUAAAAGAAAUGAACUAAACGAAAUGGUCACUAAUGAUCGAACUGUAUUAAUCAACAAUUAAAUCUAUUUUUAAAUAUAAUGAUGGUUCAAUUUACUGAAUAUCACUUUUUUUCAAAGAAAGGAUGUCAAAUCCAUUCUUUUUGCGCUUUAAGAAAUUAAAGUGCAAAACGUCCGUAAAAAUUGAAAUUUCACAUUUAAGUCUAUACUAAAUUAAAGUUUAACUCGGCCACUGAUACCACGGUUUCAAGGUUGUAUUUGCCUAGCCCGUUCGAGGCCGUUGAAAAAUGAAUUUGCUCUCUUAGGAAUAUAUUUGUUUCGACGCCACAGCAAAAUAGUAAUAUUUACCGACCAGCUUCUGGUUUGCAUGGUUAGGAGAGCCCCCGUGCACUCACACUUUCUCAACUAGUUCCAGAAGAAUUUGAAUUUGCCAGUCUGGCCGUUUGGAACCAGUUGGGAAGAGCAAGGACGUAUUGUUUCUUCAAGUAUUCUUCAAGACUUUUCAUUGAUUUCGCCACUAAAUAUCCCGUCACAGGUGCGACUGCAUUUGCCGCACCAAUUUAACCAUAAUUAAACGGAUUAAUUUGCUGUCUGAUGAUAAGUGUGGUAACACUCAAACAACGUUAAUUUGCUCUCUUAAUUAUAUGAGUUUGUUUAAUUCGAAAAUGUCAGGACUAUCCCGCGUACCUCAAUAUUAGAAUGAGAAACCACCUAAUUUAUAUUAAGUACAUGUCGUCAGGCUUAAAAAAAAAAUGGGUCUAUGUUAAACAAUAUUCGAAAUAAUUUACAGUUCAUGUGUAAAGCCGAAAAUACGACAGUGAGAAAGGGAAAAGAAAAAAAACGGUUGCAUCUUUAUUUUGCCAGUUCUACUCAGUUGUGAAGUGGCAGCAGUGAGGACCCCAUAAAAGCUCUUUAAGAUGAUGAAUAAUUUAAUAUAUUUGACAAUGCUCUAAGAUAGACCAGUUUACCUCCACGAGAAGACAAGGGGGUCAGUUAUUACCUCCUCCAAAACUGAUAUGGUUAAUAAUGGCUUAUUUCUGCCCAACUGGAGUGAUGGUAUUGUUCUUGUCGGGAAAGUUAAUAUCAACCUCGACCUUGCGGUACCUCAUUUUGUAUUGUAAAGUGUAUUGCCUGGUUCAUCUGAAACUACGCAUUGAAUUGAGAGACUACUGAAUACAUUUUCAAAGCGUCUAGCGUGGUUACUCAAAAACGUUGUGUUGUAUACAUUUCUAACUUACUUUCUUAACUUCUUAUAGUUGAUGGAUUAUUAUAGGUAACCCCUUUCUGACUUACGGUGGCUGACUGAUAUAGCACCGGUGACUGACGGGGGAAGAAGUGCUUAAAAUGCAAUCUAACUGGGUGUAUUCUCUUUGUUGUUACCCCCAUAUUUUGAUGCAAUUUGCAUCGGGUUUUCUAACAUUAGCACGACUUUGUUGAUUAAUGUAUGAUUUCUUUGCAACACAAACGGAAACAACGACAACUCAUUGAAGGCGUCUGUCCUGGAAAUGUACCCGAUUAUAGCUUCUGGCUUAUGGUUCCAGCCUCACUUUUAUUCUAAGGACAGGGCGUUGGGCACACAAUUGUAAAAUGGCCUACUUUUUUAACAGUUAUUAAGCUUAAGUUGACCUCGUUAAUUAUGACUUAACCCGUCCUUCCUGUCGACCAAUCAUUUUGUUCUACAAUUUUGUUAACUUCAUUAAGGACUGACUUCCUUAAGAACUUAAAAACGUAAUAUCAAGUUUUGUGGGGAAAAAAGGUCAGCCCAACCUCGCAUUCACUCAGUGAAAUGUUCAGAUGGUUAUUUGACCGACUCAGUGAAAGAUCCAAACGAAUGAAAGCAAAGAGAACCCGGCAUUAGGAUCCGCCAUUGCGGGUGGUGAAGAGAACAAGUUUCGUCAAAGUGUUAAGUACGUCAUUUGGUGAUCGCUCCCAUCCACAACACCAAGUAACUACCAUGAAAUAUUAAAACCUCUAAGAUGGCUUUACAGAUCAAACGGUGAAUUUGGAAAGAAAUGAAACUGAUGUAAAUGUGGUGCUGAAUUUUAAAGCAUGGUGAAUAAUGUAUGAGGAGCUGUCUUCUUUUUGUGAAGUAGGUGCAUUUUAACACAAAGACUGCGAAAUGACUCAUAGUUGAGCAUACAAUUCGUCAUAGUAAAAACUGAUUUCUUAUUCCUCUGGUCUUUUGUCUUUAGUUGAAGUUUUUGGCACCGUUAAUAUAUUUAUAGCUUUUUUUGUCAUAGUUCUUCUCGUUUUCAUGGUUCUAUAAUUUUGAUGCGAACUAUACACCAUUCCAAAACUCUAGUUUUGAAGAAAUGUGCAAAUAAGAACGACAGUCACUAUUCUGCCAGUUAUUUUACUCGCUAUAAUGGAGUACCAGGUAGUUUUGCUUUUUCUCAUGACACAUUGUCGCACUUUUAACGAAUAGGAAAAAUAGAUAUCACGACAAAGCGCAUUCUGUCAACAGCGGUGUUGAACAACUAUGGGGGAGAAAAGUUGAAUUCCGACCUGAAGCCAUAAUAAAUAAAUAAAUAAAUAGACAAUACAUAAGAUGUUUGUAAGGUACUGUACUAUGGUGUUUUUCUUUAUUAUUUUUCUCUUGUUGAUUUUUAGGAGGUUUUAAAUACAAAACCUCCUUACCAACUCGUGAUGGGCGAGUUGAGAACAAUACUUGCAAAAAAGACUGAAAAUCAGGGAUUUUAUUCUGGUAAACUCAUAAAGUCACUAUAUAUAACUUAAAUGAGGCUUUUGUGUAGAGUUGUUAAAAAUAGAUGCUAUGAAAUGUCGUGUUCCACGUGGCCGCUUCUGCUUACUCUGUAUUUUAAAUUAAGGCUUAGGCCAAACUUCGAACUUUUCUUAAGACAAAUCAAACUUCAUGAGUUAAGUUCAUGAAAAGUUCGACGUCCUGCCGAUGAGUUAAGUUCCACGUCUGAAUGAGUUUGGAUCGUCCAACACGUUCUAUACGUCUGCUUCAGAUACAGUUGAUUGGUUCGACGCGUCCUUAGUUCGACAAAUGACCCAACAGACGAUCUUAAUUUAAUUUAGGUCGACCCAGAUUAUAGUUUGGUUCGUCCCUUACGAAAGCUUAAUUCGACGCUUGGCCUAAGCCUAAGUCAUUAAAGUACUAUCGGGCGUUCGUCACUUCCAAUGAAACACUUCAGCGAUAUAUAGCACUUAGAGCGAUAAUAUGCUAGUUUAUGAACUCUUCAGUGUACCGGCGACAAGUGUUUACGACAUAAUUGAACGAUAAAAUAUAUGGAGAAUUAAUAACCUGCAUCGGGCAAUGAUGCGCCAAUAUUAAAAAAAAGGCUGUCACCAAUAUUUGGUUUAAAUUCAAAAAGAACGUUACCAUCAAAUUUCACCCAAACACAAAAUAACACCUGUAAACAUUAAAAGAAGAUAUUAGCAAUUUUCAUCAGAUAUAAAAGCAAACACGGAUGGAGAGAAUUUUUUAAAGAUUUUUGAAUUGAAUUAAAACUUGAAAACGUUUUAGCCUAACAGUUUUUCAAAGUUUAUUUUUAUUAUUUGUAACCGAUUGAUUUAAUGCUUGCAGAUGACAGGAAAUCUUUUGGACAAGAAAUGCCGAAAUUUUAAAUUUAAAACUGAAUUAGUAUAUUUUCUUCAAUUAACGACGCCAUUUUAGCUUUUCAAAAUGAAUCGUAACAGGCAAUAUUAACAAAAUAAACUCUGCAAAGAGAUCCAUCCUUUAACAUGAACUCUGGAUACGAUCACAACAUCUCAAGAUACAAUAUAUUUUACGCGUUUAUAAUUUACGCGUAUAUUAAUCAAUCAUUUGCGGCAUGGCCAGUUUUCAAGGACUCCCAGCAAAUUGCCAGACUCAUUAAACUAAUGAGAAAAAGAAACUGGAUGUGUUCUCACGCGUAUAAAAUGCAAGUAUUUAUGACGAAUGAAAAAGGGAAAAAUAAUAAAUAAAUCCGGCGGCAGAUCAAGCUGUAUGAAUAUUUGCCUAUCUAUAUAAAUGUAAGAGAAGCACACGAUUUUUUGGACUCUUGAAGAGAACAAAGACGUUGACGUUUGUGAUCACCACAGAAAGGCAGGCUACGAUGAUCGGUUGUCACCAUUUCCAGCUUGAGGUUUGAAAUCUGUCUGUCUAUUCUCGUCUUAAAUUCGCCUCUAUUUAAAUUUCUUCAUCAUUCCUCGGAGAAUAUUUCUAUAACCUAAAAUAAGAAUACUAAACACGUCACAACAAUUCCUUUUAAUUUUCAACUACGAUCUCAAGAGCCGAACUAUUUUUGCGUUUGUUGAUUUUAGUUCUCCUAUUCUAAAACUUAAUCUCCAACUUCUAAAACUUUUAAGAGUCGAUGAAAAUUUAACAUUAGUUAUUUCCUCUGGAAAUUAAGAAACCAAACUAAGUUUUAUCAAGACGCGUAACAUGUAAUAUUGGUUAGUUUCUAAGUGAAUAUUGAAAACACGACCACCGAUGUCGGUGUGAGAGUACCAUGUGGCAAGUUUGCGUCUAGAUUGUUCAUGUUUAUGUCCCACGCGGAAGUCAUCCGUUAUAAAUUGGCCACUUUAGAUAUCAUCUUGUAACAAAGAACAAACGAAUAGAACAAUCAUCCACAAAUAAAAUAAAUCAUAGAUGAAUACUCACUAAUAAAUUUUUUGCAAUGAUUUUUCAUAACUGUUCGUAUGGUUUUUACGACGAAAAAAAAAUGCAAAAGGGUGUGUAAAUUUAUGAAAUUGAAAGAGAAAGAAAUGCUUAAAAUAGACAUUGAAGUGGAAGUAAAUAAUUAAUAUAGAAAGAGUUCAGAUAAUCAUCUUAACCUGUAUGUAUGACAUUUAUUUCAUUUCGUGAGUUAACUCAAGUGAAAAUGAUUAAAAGUCUUACAUAUUACAUGCAAAAACUGACACGUACAUUUUCAUAAAUUCUUUAACUGCAUAAUUCAGCUUGUAUAAUGGCGAUCGUCACUAUUCUGUUUUGUAAGUCGCUAAAUAUUUAAGGUUUAAACGUUGGAUUAAACCCCAUUCAGUUCAGCAGGUCCCCGCCAGGAAAAACGCCAUGAUUAAUUUUAACAAGUAAAAAAUGUUACAUAUGAUUAAACUCUUAGGGAAAGUAUUGACUUGGAAAGGAACAGUCAGAGAACAAAUUAGUAUAUAUGACGUCACUUCGUUGUGAAAGGUUUAAAAUCUAUUUUUCACUUUUUAGCAUUUCUGUCAGAAAAGAGUUCUAAUCUCGAAAGUAGUACUCAUUUAAUAGGUGCUGUCUGUUUUCCAUUAAUUACAAUUACAUAACACAAAUUGCGAAGUCACUGUACGUUAUAGACAAGCGAUAUAUGAAAGGCAAUAUCACCCUUGUAAGAUUACAGAUUUCACUGACCAUGACAAUGCCGAAAAAGAUAAAUAAAUACAUACAAAAAGUGUGUUUAGUCACGUUAUGGCUUCUAGCGUCCGCAUGAUCUGCGCCCUGAAGCUGAUAAUAUUUUACAACGAAUGAAUAUUAAGUUUUUUGUAUAUAAAUCAAUCACAGUUAUUCUUUUUUUUGUGGCGAAUACUUUCAAAAAGUUACGACCUUGCAUUUUUAGUGUUACAUUCAAGAACCAAUUAGCUUUCCGAUUUAUUACAAAAUUUGAAAAUCCGUUGUACACUAGAUUACUAUAUAGCUACUUAAUAUGUGGCUUAAUUCUUAAUCUCGUAUCUCUUUUAAGGCCAAAGAGUUUUCUCUUUAGGGUUGAAAGUAUAUGAUUUCUUUCCAGUGGAUAUUAAGUUUCCUCGGUGAGUUUUUUGUUUUGUUAAAUUAAACCAAAUAUCAAUAUGAGCUAGCUCUCAAGUCAUGGAAAAUUAAAGCCAAAUGUUCAGCAUUAUGAAUUAAAAAUAAAUUAAAAACAUUCUCAGUUCUAAAUGAAAAGGUAAAACAAAAACCGACUUGUGAACCCUGGCCAAAUAUAUUAAUAUAUGUAUCGCCCGGCAUGUAUGUUCUAAGAGAUCUGCUAAACGAAUCUUCAAGUUAAUUCAAUCACGUACCUAUUUAAAUGACUCAAGACAUGUUUGAAGCGUGGCCUUAAUUGUUACGAAACACUCUGGUGGUGCGCUCACUCGAAAUAGUUAUUACAUUGCAUGAUGAAUUCCCGGGGGGGAUUACUUGGGAGAAUUUUUGCUGGGUAUGUGCCCGCUGGACUCUCAGAGCCCCUACUCCAUUAUAGUUUGUUCUGUGGCCAAGUUAUAGACCCCAUCUUAGUCACUUUUGGGCAAAUAGUACGUAAUUUUCGCGAUCCCAUCUUAGUCACUUUCUAGUUAUGUAUCUACCCUAUAUUGAAUGAAGAACACUUUGCUUUUCACCCACAUUACAAACAUUUUGGUACGUUUGCGAACAGUAAAUAUGAAGAGCUAUCUUACCCCCAAAUUAGAAAAUGUGCGACCCCAUUCUAGUAACUCUAUUGAAAAUGCGACUCCAUUAUAGUCAAUCCAGUCGUGAAAAUGCGACCCUAUCCAGCGGCACAUCCCCAUUAGCCUCUUGUAAGGAAGUACUCCCCCUCCGGGGAUGAAUUGGCCUCUAACCUGAUGCAUCUUUUAUUUGCGAGAUUUUCAUUGAAGAGAUAAGAGCCUGGAGUCACGAUUCUAACGUAGCAGCUGCUACUCUUGAUACACUUGCUAUAUCAUUGGAUUUGAUUUGUUCCGACAGCCUGGAUUCAUACUGUGCUUAUUAUCUAACCCCUCCCUCUAUUUGACUCCUUUUGUUUUAAUGGGGUUUGGCUUCUAUUGUCUUUGGUUACAGGCUAGAUUUGAAUGAUAGGCACGACGGAGUAAAAGGAAGACAGAGCGUCAGCGAAAGCCAUAUACUGACUUGAGCUAGCUAUAGUGAAGAUAACAGGAAGUGUCUACUAAAAGGUGCGUGUCUUGCAUUCCUUAUUUUUUCCCUACUUUUUGUACUGUUUCUCAUCGUUCCUUUUUUUCCUUUCUCUCGCUUUAUCUGGCCUUCGGCCUUCCAAAUGUAUGUUAAAUACUGUAUUGUCAAGUACUUUCUUGCUUGUUCCGUCAAGAAUAACCUUGCAAGUUUUAACGUUGUAAAGGAACUUUUUACUAAAGGGACCUUUUCACCGAACGAAAUAAUUCGAUAUACCGAGAUCAGGUCCUUCGCUGUGAAAAAAUCAGAAGAAAGGAAAUCGGUAUACAAACAUUUUGCUGGCACCUAAAAUGAGAAAUUACCGACAUUACCAAACGUUCUCAGAACUCACAUUACGUGCGAUUAACUUUCGUAGACGCGCAUUACAAAUAUCAGUACCGAUAACAUUUCUUUUACAAUUUAGCUCUCGAUGCUGUCAAUGAGAUUGAUGGCAAGAAGAAGGGUUUCUUGAGAAAACUUUCAUCCGUGACUAAGGAAGAAAUUGUUUUUUUUAUUCAAUUAAACUAAAACUUGCAACGUCAGUUACCGAUAUAACAUCGUGUUUCCUUUUUUAACUUUCUUUUCUUAAUGAAUUCAAAUUCAUUUAAGGUUAGCCUGUGAUAAUAAUUGCAGCGGCCUAAAAGUACAUUGAGAAGUGUUUGACAUUUUGGUGUCAUAUUCAGUCAAAAUGACAGUAUAUUUGCUUUCAAAAAUAGAAUUAAAACUUUCAAGAAUAUCCUUCAGAUUUAUAUUUUCAAACGAUAAUGAACUUUUCGACACAACCUAUCUCUUUCACCUGAGUUUUUGCUAAAUUUCUCAUGCUAAUCAGCGGGAAGUCUGUGAUUUAAUGAAUCUGAAUCCUGAUAAGAGUUGAAGUCGGUUAGAAAACGAUAUGGAAAUAUUUAGACUUAUUAGCAAUGUAUCGAAUAGUCGCAAAUUUGCAUUUUUUGUUCCUUUGUAAUUUUCGAACAUGUCAUCCUCGAUCUUUUAUCUUUUAUCUUUAAAACCUUGCCUGAUGACCAAAUUUCAGAUCUAUAAUGUCUGUCUGUCUGUAUUGAAGCCUUCGCGAAUUGAAUAUAAACAACAGCGAUAUGGUUAUAGUUAUGAAACAUUUUAGUCGUAUGGCGGACGAUAUCUAAGUAUUAUACAUUACACAUACAAUUGGAAAUGUGAACUAAAAAUUCAUUACUGUCUAACAGUUAUUUAAUGACUGCCCGAAGAAUUUUCAGUUCGGUGAAAUUUUCACCCAAGAGUGCCUUUGCCAAGUAUGAUUCCCUAUCGUGACUUUUACUUUUCAUUGUUACCACAAGUUUAAAGAGAUUGGUAAACGUUCUUUUUAGUUACAGUCAAUUUUCUAGUUUCUAAGUCUCACGGCAUAGCUUGAAGCCCGACCAAUGCUAUAUUCAGUGGACUAACAGUGAAAGCACCUUGUUGAUAUUAAGGACUGGCUCAGAAUAAUUGUAUUCUCUAUCUGUUUUCCUAAAAACAGGGACCAGAUUAAGUUUUAUAUUGAAUGUUGCCUCACCGUAAAGAGGGGCGACAAGCAAAUCUUUGUGACCUAAAUUCCGAGUUUAAUGAUAAACACUUAAUGAGUGGUAUCGAGGGAAACAUUGAGAUUCGAGCGAAACAAAAUUAACUGUUUCCCGAAGGAAAUUUGAAGCUGGAAAUUCAUUAUAAAACCUCGCUGUAACGGCGGUCGUCGAUCAACAUUCGCUGGUAACAGUACACUGUUACCCUCUGACGUCAUAGAUUUUGCAAUGUUGCCAGCUCGGAGAUCAAAACAGUGGGAAACAGUUUCAUUGUUAGAUGUCAUGUGACCUCGAAGUAACGUAACCAAUGAGAGUGUGUGCUGUUAGGAAAGAAUUUCCAGUUAUGUAAAAAUUCCAUUUUCAGUCACAAGUUGACCUGAAAAAAUUUUGAAAUUCUCCUCAAACCUUUUGUAAAUGCUUUUCAUGCUACCUAUCAAUUUAUCGAAAUAAUUAGGCGUUACUGAUAUGAGAACAUACCUUACGGUAUUAAAGUAGUAGUAGGCUCCUGAUUAUGAAUCAACAUUUUCGUUAAAAAAACAUUGACAAAAACAACCAUUCCUCUGCCACGACAUGAGGUCACUUCGCUACUCGUAUGUUGCUGCAUGCAUGGAAGAAAUGCCGGGUAAGAACGUUUCAGUCUUCACCACGGUCAAACGAGAGAAAUUCAGUUGCAAAAGCCAAACAAACUAUUUCAAGGCUAAUCGGGUUUUUACGUUCACUGCUGAACGUUUUAUACAUGAUUACCAAGCUAUUAAUACUUUUAACUUUUUGAAAGUUUGCUUUAAAUGUUCCGUGUUUGAAAACCGAAAGAGGGUGUUGCUCUCGAAAUUUGUCAACAGAAUUUUGCGUGGGUGCGAAGCGUUUCUUCAGCUAAAGAAGCUCGACAUUUUGAGACAUGCGAAGGUAAUUAAAUUUUAUUAACCGAUUAUUUCAUACAUUCCUGCCCAUGGUUCCAAUGAAAUCCAACCAAACAGAACAGGAAACGCCUCAGACGUUUGUCAAGACAACAGUGGAAUCUUAGUCAUGAUGAUCAGGCAUUCUUAUCACAAUUCUACUGGUCAUUACCCUGAUCUUAGGAGAGGUAUUUUUGAAAAAGGUUACUUGUCUCUUUACCGGAUAUGCUACCCUCGGAGACUCAUUAUGAGGGGAGUGGUAUUGGCGAGAAAAAAGCAGCAGACGCCGGGAAAAAUCAACGAAGCCUUUUAAACUUACUAAAUUUUCAUUUUGUAAGAUUUCUUUACAGAUAUGACAUAGUGAUACAGUGGUGAUAAGAGUUGCUAAUCCAUGUUCUAAGUAAAGAGCUAAACAUCUCGCUUACAUUUGACUUCAUCCAAGACAAUCCUAUAAAUUGUUUUUAUACGCAUAAGACUAUAAGCAUGCAUCCGUUCCCACAGCAUUUGAUCCGAUCAACUGUGAGCACCACAAGCAGGAUCAAGCAGGAAGAAAGACGAAUCUAUUCGGCAACAGCAAUGACAAAUAUCGUACACUACAAAAGCUAGCAAGCCUUAUUGCAGUUUUAUUGUUUGUCGUGCGUACUGGUCAAGUAUAGUUUUAAACAAUUUUAUAUGUUCAAUUAAAUGUUUAAUUAAUCGCGUGCGUCGUACAGAAAAAAAAAAUCGGACAACGAUGGGAUUCCUCUCCUUCCGCUCUUAUCUAUCGAUCGUAACAGUAUUCACGCAGGAUAAUUUUCUCGUGGAAUUUAUUGCCCCUUUUACCCUUCAAUCCAUGGGAUAGAAAAUUUUUAUGUAACUGUGGUAAAUACGGACAGUUUUACUACACGGGCUGGCACUUAUUUUGCGAUUAUAAAGAACGCGUGCAAUUACUCUUUAAAAAGGUAUUGAUAAUUUCUCUUGUAAUCGUUUUGUGUCUUAAAGGCGUGAAACCACCCUGUGAGAUGAUUCUCCCAUCGUUUGAAUUAAUCUCUUGUAGCUCAUCGAAGGAAGUGAUAGCUAGAGGAAGUCUCGUUUUAAGCCGGACAAGCUAGGUACUAGGUGUCUACGUCGCUUUAUUAAGCCUUUAAAAAUUAUAGAAAAUAAGGGAGAGAGACAAGUACUGCACAAAGCCAUCACUGAGGGCUAUCUUCCUUAUGGGCUGGCCACUUCGAAAGAUUUUUGUACUUAAUAGACUUGUAUCAUGAAUAAAUGUCAUGUUGAUGAAUUUAGAGGACAUGUCACAUGAAAUCUCCGAGUAAUUCAAGAAAGGGAAAGAGAGUUGGAGAUGUCCAAUUUGUGUCGCUACGGUGUAGGAAGAAAAGAACAUUUACGACAUAAUCGUGAACAAAUCCACUAUUUUACGGUUAGAGAGAUUGAAGAUCCCCUGGGCGCUGAACAUUGUCGCAAAAUAACAAAAAGCAGUGCACACAGGAAACGCCUCUCUGUAACUUGCUUUUUAAGCCGUUGGAAAUUUCAUCAGGUGAAAGUGAAUGCAAUGACUAGGCUGAAAGCUAAGUUGAUAGGUAAUAAUAUGGCUAAAAACUUCCGGUUCUUUGUUGAAAAGACAGUACAUAAAAUGGUCUUAAACCGAGAAAAUCCAAUUUUGUUUCCCAAAGUAUCACCUUGACAGACCUGUGAUAAGGUCCUUACAAAUCCGCUUUUUAUAGAAUACAUUUAUCACUUGUCUGCCACACUUGUGUUGGCCGAGUGACACAGUUAAGACUUCACUGAGAAUUUCAUACAUUUAUAAGCUGCAAGAAACUAACAACUUCGAAGUAAGAAGUCCUGGAUCCAGGUACCGUAUUUUUUUUUCACUGAACACAUUCUCCCUUUAUUGCCCCUCUUUACGUAUUUCCUCAAGUUGGCUUGGCGGACGUGGUGUUUGUUAGACGAGUAUUCAGAGCUGAUGAGUAUUCAAGGGUCAUUGGCUAAUUAAACAUAAUUUUUUAUUUUUACUAAAAUAGCUUUUGGCUACCAAAAACAUGAACAGUUAGUCCCAACGUUUUCUUGGGGCCCGGUGUUUAAUCAAGUUGGCCUGGCGAACGUCGUGUUAGUUAGACGAGUAUUCAAGGGUUCUUGGCCAAAUAAACAUGAUUUUUUAUUUUUACUAAAAUAGCUUUUGGCCACCAAACAGAUGAACAUUUAGACCCAACGUUUUCUUGGGGCUAGGUGUUUAAUCAACAUAUUCAGUUCUUCCAGAAUUGGCAUAUUUUGAGAAUGAUCAGAGAGAGCUAUGCUCAACCUUGACAAUCUAGCGAAAACCUUCAACGUAAUGCAGCUCAACAUACAUAGAUGCCGAUAGUACUUUACGUGAUCUUUGUUGGGAUGUACCAAACAAUGAGAAACGGGCUUUGGGAAAGUUUGUGUCAGGUGCAGAAUAUCUAGCAUAAUUUCUCAAUUCAUGAGAAAGGCAAUGUUCUUAUUUAUUUGCUUUUACGUGUUGAAAAACCAGGACAAAACUUCAGUAACGUGAAUUACAAAAAAGUAGACAACUUACUGAGAGCUUUACAAUCCUAUACAAAGAUAACUGAUUAGCUUUUCCUUAUCAAUGAAAUACACGAGUGAGAUCUUCGAGAAUAAAGGUCAAAAGUCUAGUUUCUGGCCGUCUGCUCUGACUAUUGAAAUACAUUGUCAAGGCAAAAAGAAGUUUGCAUCCAUUCACAACGUACCAAGGCACUACUUCUAUGGAUCUGAAGGUGACAGGCUAUUCCGUAGCCCUACACGUGUAUCCAGAAUGCGUGCACGUUUUGCUGGAAGAUUCCAGAAUUCUGAUAACCGAACUGUACUGUUACUGUGUAUUUUGCGUUUAGUUCCAAUGGUGCUUAAAAGACACGUACAACAUUUAAAAUAACGAUGCAAGGUUUUUUUAACACAAAAACAGAAAAUCUUUGUCAGUUCUCAGUUAUCAGUCAGCUCAGAGAAAUGUACAGCGACAGGUUAAAGCGGUGAAAAAGGCUUAGACUGUGAAGGUCACACAGGUUUUUGCCUCGGUAUCGUGGUAUUCUGUGAGUCCUGAAGGGCACCAUCGAGGCUUUCUGGUUGCUAUACAGAAACAACACGAUAGUUCAGCAAGGUUAAACACAUUCUGGUUCUCUGGAUUUCUACAUAUCGCUCUUGUGAUAGAGUUUCUGUAAAACAGCUGGCCCAAAGCCACGUCAAAUUUAAGGCAGACGGUGAAUUCAAGUCGCACAGUUGGAGUGGAAAACUGCCACCCAUACCAUGACAAUUUCAUUAAUUAAUAACAGGGCGAAUACUUCGUGUGAUAGUCACUCGUUUCGUGACUGAUUCUGUAGCGUGCUAACUGAGUGAACCUAAAGGGCCAAUUAGCACCACGGCAAGUCCGCGGUGGUCGUGUACACGGAAUUCAAUUAACUCAGUUUUGGAGGGCCGUUCAAGGAUAUAUCCUGGAUCAUUUUCAGGUAAAAGUGCAUGUUCCUUGCCGCUUUGAUGACAGUUAUGAAAACUUUAGACUAGCGUUUCAUUUCGCUGCUAAUCACAAGCUGCGAAGGUCAAAAGAGAUUUUAGGUGUUGUCAAUUUGAGGUGUACAAAAACAUUGAGUGAACACCACCGGCCUUCGCCUUUUCUAAAUGAUGGGUUCUUUUGUCGUUGCCGAAAGGUCUUAGUCGUCCACCGGCAUUUUUGUGAAGCAAUCAAAGCAAACUCAUCGUAUCUCCAGAGAAUUCAGAACAAUUUCACAAACAAUGGUAUGACAUCUUCAUGCCUUGAAGGAAAUCUACCGUUUGAUUUCUAAACAGAAAAGUGAACGUUAAUGAUCAAUGAUAAAUAUUCCUUGUUUACAUAGAGGUAUUUUUAAUAGUGACCUGCUGAACUCAUUGUUUUCACUAAAGAAGUUUAAAUUGAUCGACCACUAAAAUCGUUCAUCUCAGAAACAUUCUGUCAAUAAUACAGUCAACUCCUUUUAUAGGGGACACUGUGGGCACCUCAAGUUAGUGUCCUCAUUAGCGAGUGUCCGUAAUAGUGGGAGUUUAUUUCGGUCGAACGUCUGUAAUUUAUUUUUGCUUGGGAUUUAGCUGCUAUCCGUGUUAUCGGAGUGUCCAUUAUAGCGAGGUGUCCACAAGGCGAGAGUUGACAGUAUUACAAAAAUCGAUAAUAAACGAAAGUAAAGUUGGUAUUUUGUUCCGUACUCGAUAACAGUGGCACAGUACUAGAAGAAACUUUCACAUAUUUAUCGCAGCGAGCCAUAGUUGCGCUACACGCGAGUUUUUAUCCAAUACGUUGUACAUACAUUAUGGGAUAACAGUUAUUUUAAAAGUAUGAAGAGUAAUAAGAGAAUUUGAAUUUUCGCCUUAUAUUCACUUUCAUCCUUCGUGCAAUUAUAAUACACUAGUCUAUGUUUUGGGUUUCUCUGAGAGAAAUCUAAAAUGGCGUGGUUCUAGCUUUUCAAAAAAUCGCCGAAAAAAACGCUCUUUAAUCGCUUAAUCGCGUCUUCCUUACAUGUAGACGAAUUUAAUCAACAGAAAUUUCGUAUAUUAUAAAAUGGCCUUUUAAAUUACAACAUAUUCUUUGACAGCUUCAUUUUCUAAUCUAUCUUUAUGCAACCUUAAUCCUAUACUAAGGAAUGUUAAGAAAUCUAUAUGGCUAUGGCCAGGCCAUGGUAAAUUUUUUUGGACGAGCUGAGAGCAUGCAAGGCCGCCUCUUUGCCUGUUCCGUUUUGAGAGUCUGCCAAAAAGGGUAGAUAGUAAUCAAACCGUGUAAAGCGGUGCGUAGGCUCUCAAAUUGGGCUGUCAUGAUACUACUCAUUAUCGAUGAAUAUACGUAAUUUAUACAAAAUGGUUUCUUAAAUAUGGCAUUGUAGAUAGAAAAAUUGCAAACUCUGUUGAUUGGGUCUAUUUAACACUGUUGAAAGUCAUGCUAUAUAUAUGUGCCAACGAGGCAAUGUUUUUUCAUGAGCAAAUCAUGCUAGUAGCCUGAACAUUUUUGCAUCUUAUCGUUUGAUCACCGAAAUGUGGCUAGCUUUAACCAAUUUCCUGUACAAAUCAAAUCUGGCAGUAACUGGGCAUUUUGAGCAUUUCGUGCUCCGAGUUUCAUGUACCUGCCCACGCUGUGUGCAGACGUCUUCCGAUUACCGCCGAGCUUCUCUACUAAAUAUACAUUUCAUAUAUUUUAAGACUUUUAAAGUGCAUGUGUCUAUUUUUAAGUAUAACCUAAAGUGAGAAUUGACAGUAAGCUGUUGUUUUGCUCGUGUGAACAGCACGCCUCAGUGACCGACUACUCCCACGAAAGUAUUCAGAUCCCUUAAAAGUAAACCGAAGAACAUUUUUAGUCAGUCGAACGUGAUUUGGUUUCCUUCUAGAAACAUUUUCACCAGUUUAAGACUGAAUCACGAGAAUACAGCAGAAUUGACAUUUUAGUGUACAAUGAAUUAAAAGCCCUCGGCUUUGUUCUUCACCACGCCCCACUUUCUUACAGUCUUGAUAACUAGGAGACCACAAAGAAAAGUGUCGAGUGACCUUGGUUUUUUUGGUAAGAAAAAGUAGGAAUGUGAAAAACAAAAAUAAAAAAAAAACUCAGUGGUUCAUUGUUUAGUACAAAUUGAUCUCAUAUGAGCAAGAAGUGAUUUUUGCCCCGUGGCAGAAAUGAAAGGAAGUUUGUCAGUAAUGUUGCGUAGCAUAUUUCUGGAGUUUGUUUAAAUGAAAAGCAAUUUUUCGCGUGCUAUCGUUGAAAAGCUAGGGGGGCUCGCUUUACUUUAAUUACACUCAACGUUAUCACCAAAAAGAUAACACAUGUCAAAGUUUAUUGUUAGGCUGUUUACUUAAAGUCACCAAUAAACUUAGCAAGCUCUUUCGUUUCAAGCGUAGACAAAAUGAACACAGAUAAUGGUCAAAACUGUAGGAAUGUCUUUUAAGUACACAUAUGCAACCACGAUAACCCUUCAGAAAGUUGCUUUUGAUGUAGAGUUAUCUUAAUGCUAUAUCUCAAAUGUAAGAUCAGGAGUCGCGCCAUUGGUUUUAGCAUCUAAAUCCUUCGAUAAGGUCUUGCUUGAAAAGAACCGCAUGCUGCAGGCACAAAACGUCACUCAACUCCUUACUGUCACAGCUAUUGUGCAUUAUCCUGAGUGCUACCCUAAUGAGCUAAAAAACAAACAAUCACGUUUGUCUAAGUCAAAACAAAUGCAAUUAACCCAAUGAACUCUCUCUUUGACCAAGACACAAUAUCCUGUUGCCAGUACCGGAGCCAAUAAAUGGAAAAAGAGUGCAAGUUAGACUAUUCACGAAGGGCUACAUUGUCAGCCCGAGUUUUAUGAAGCUUACAAGACUAUUUUUCCUGGGCAUGUUUUACGUUUCGCCCAGAACAAAACUGCAUGCUAACAAAUCGAAAAACAAGGCUAUGCUAGUGACUGGUUCAGUGCGACCUGAUUAACGAAAUUUAGUUAAUCUAUUAAUUAUCGACCAUGGCAUUCGUGGAUUCCGAGUUUUAACCAUAAUAUAGAGACACAUCAGACAGGUUCUUUUAUAAACAAAACAUGUUUCCGUUAAUACCCGGAAAUGAUAUUUUCUGGGUCAUGUCGUUCUUCCUAAAACAGGAGGUUUUGGAGGCAGAUUUAUUUUCGAUAGCUUUUUAGAUGGAAACUAAAACAAAUCAAGGCACGUAAGCUAUCAGUCCCAUCGUGUUCUUAGGAUUCGCCCCCAUACAUCACGCACUGAGGGACGUUGCAUUAUAUAAAGUGAUUAAGACUUGGCCAAUGUUCUUUUAAAAUUUGGUCCUUAAAAAACCCUUAAGAGGCACGUACAGCUAUGUAAAUGGAACUGCGUAUGUUAGCAUGAAAAAGAAAAAAAUAUAAACAAAUGACUGCAAUCGCAGCAGUUCUUCUUCGUGCGCUCCAAGUCAUACACUUCCCUGCUGUUGGGAGGUUACUUAAAUUUCACUUCAGGAACUGUACGAAAGCUUUUAAGCUGAGCACUUGAAGCUAAUCCCGUGACGCGUUAAUAUGACGUAGAAUACUCCAUUUCAGCAGGUUCGAUAUCUUGAACGUGUUUGUCCCCGCAUAGAAAAGCUGGUCGAAAUUUUUCUAAGUGCGCUUGGCUUUUUUCAACGACAUAGUAGCACUAUUUAUCUUCGAAGGUCACAGACUUAAUACUGAUGGUAUGACCGCCGCUCAAUGAUUACUAUGCAAUGUAUGGGGAGUAUUUAGGAUUAGCGAGCUUCGUCAAGUGGUAAACCAUAAAAACGUAAGUCGAUUACUCCGGAUAUCAAGGAUACCGCAUUCCAGCAACAUUGGUUGAGAAUACAGUAAGGAGUACAUGAGAAAGAAAAGGAACUGUAACAGCCAGGAAUAAAAGGUACAUGAAGUUGAAAUUAUGAAAAGAGUAGAAAAACGAAGAGCCUUAAUAUGUUAUCGUACUGUAGCAGCCAACGAAGAAAAUCGCUUCUUUUGUUUAGGGUACUUGUAAAUAAACGUCGUUGAAGAGGCCAUAGAUGUAACGUUAAACGAACGAUUAAUUCAAGAGGAUUCUUAACACGACUAGUUUUUGGUUAGCAUCCCGCAAACUACAAAAAACUGGCACUGCUCAAUUAACUGACCAGCUAAUCAUUUCUCCUCUUAGUGAAAAUAUUACGGAAAAAACUUGUUUCUAGUCGCGAAAAAGCUUUGUUCUCUGCACAGAUUAUCGCUAUUGUCAGUGUAUUCUACUGGGCAGUCAGAUGCAAAUUUUGGUUUCUUGGUCAAUAUAACGUUGAAUAAAACCACUUGAAAGGCAGGUUAUAAUUUUGGUCAAGCACACUCGACUUAUUGUUUCGAUUCUAUGGAACUAUGUACAGUACGAAGGAGUAAAAUUGAGUUAUCGCGUGAACAUAUCAAGAACGUUGAUGAAACUAGGCUUUUCAGUUUCCCCACUGUGACUGGCAUUUAGCAAUAAAAAAAGCGUUACAAAGAAGUCAACAAUUUGCCCUCCUGUUAUAUGACGUCACUUUGCCUAGCUCUUUUCAAGGUAAGGACACCAGUGAAGGCGACAGAGCAAGACAGCGCUUUACAAUUAGGAUUCAAUGCACUGUUAAAAGAACUCUGCAUGUUCGUCUUUGAAUUGCGCAAACGACGCUUCUUUUGAUGUCCAACUUCUUAACCAAGGUACAUAAAGAGCUCAUUUUGCAACUUGGCUUUUGGCCUUUGUUGCCCGUUGUACCUUUUUAGGGGGAUAGUGUGGUUUUUGAAAAUAACAUCCGUUGUCCACAAGGAAUGUUUUGGUAUGUAGUCUCCAGUCAAUCAAAUGUCAUCGAACUGUUUGGCUGGGUUCGUGAUUGAAUGGCAAAAAAAGUCGUAUGUGAAUUGUUGACGGAAGACAGAAGAAUAGAUCGUGCAUCUCGGUACACGCAAAGUUUGUCCGAACUAUUGUAACUACAGUUAUUAGUUGGGCAGUUAUUUGCAUAUGACGUUUCUGCUCUGGGUGGCAUAACUGUCUUGGUUAAGUAUAGGGAGACAAUAAGCUGGCCUUGGACUUCUGGAGUGCCAUAAGUAUUUUGUAAGUCUCUAUAGCUACUUGUUCUUCCUAGGUCACGUUCCAAUGAUCACGACAGGACGUCGAAGAACACUCUUGUUCGGAUCACUUGUUAAUUUUUCCUUCUUUUUCUUACUCGUGCAGAACUCACUGAUUUUAAGAUGGAUCCCUCAACGAUUUCAAACUACAGUAAUGUAACAGCAACACCUUCAGCAACUGAGCCGGGGGAGCUGGUGCACGAUCCACUUUGGGCUGCAAUACUACGCUGGGUUAUUGGAGGCAUUAUUAUUAUCGUAGGUAAGAGCAUAUUCAUAAUUUUCUUUCUUUUCGCCUCGCUGUACGAAUGUCGUCAAUAACUUCGAAGCCUUAAAUCAAGCAAACCUCCUUUUUUGCUCAAUAAACUGCUCUCUGUCUCCUAAUCUUUUUUCAAGAACUACACUCCGUCAUUUUACCAAUGUUACUUUUUCGUUGACGCAGACUAAGCAUUACAAAAAAAUGUAAAUUUUUGUUUAACUUAGAGUAAUUAAAAGCAAACAUUGAAUGUUUGAGUUUCUAAACUUGCAACAUUGAGGUUCGAAUUCGAAUUCUGAGGGUUUUUCAUGGAUUAGAGGGAUACUCAUGACAAAUUAUUUCCUGUUUCUGAAUGGAAAUGCCCGAGUCUGAAAAGAUCGAUACGAUCAGCCCGGCUUUUUCUGGCUGUGUGAUUUUAUUUAGUGUUAAGUGUUUAGCUGUUGAGUUGAUCAGAUUAAGUAAUCGCUUCCCUAUAAGCAAAUUAAGCCUUUUGACCAAACCAGGCGAGGCUGAAGAAAGAGGACUACGAACAAGACCCCAUGUUUUGCCAAAUGAGAAAAUAAUGGGAACUUAAUGUUUUGACAGCUAAUAUGGUCCAAAAUUGUGUCUGUAUGAGGUUUGAUUAAAAAACUAUAAACUGCGUUUUCCGCCGGUUUUGUAGUCAAAGUUCUUGUUGUAAACUUUUAUCAAAUAUUAUACUGAAAACGUAGAGCUCUUAGUUCUGAAGGCCAUAUUGCGUUAGUGGUUUUUCUUUCCUGUCGAUCAGCACGAUUCUUCCGUAGACAUGAGUUGAAUACUAUUUCCCUGCUCAGCAUGAUGUUAUGAAACAAAGCGAUUGUCGGUCAACAGAAUUGAAUAAUUUGACAGCGUAAUAAACAAUGUUCCCUUCUAAUUGUUCAACACCCACGAAUUAGAUAAAUACACAUGAAACUUGUAAUCACGGAAAUAAAAUUCCUAGAGUUUUAGCAAUCGCUCAUUCAAUACUCUUGCUAUAGCGUUCAGGUGAGGUUUGUUCAACAGGGACAAAAUUUCUGUGCAAAAUUUAUUUUCGCCAAAUUGGCAUUCCAAGCAUACCUCUUCAAUGUCAAUUUUGUAAAAUGUGAUAAUUGGGUGCUAAGUGCGUUGAAAUAAUUAAGUGCGGCAUAGUCAGUUGAGCACACACACGAGGGCUGGACCCCGUAAUUCAUUGUGAACACAAAGAAAUGGCUAAAAAAUAAUCUAGGGUCAUAAAGACAUUAGACACAUUAGACCUAACUGUUGCAGCUUGAUUAACCUUGAAUACAACUGAUAAGGUUUUACAAUACUCUUUUAUCAAAGCUAUAUCGAGAUUGAACACUCACAUCUCAAGUUAACUGUUCAGUGCCAAGAAAAGCAUUCUCCUCAGGAACAAUUCCUGUGUAGUGCGUUAUCAAAACUGAGUACCACCUCACUGCCUUUAUUUUUAGUGAUUUGCAUGACUUCGUAACAGUUCGCAAACUCUACAUUUUGCCUGAAUCAUGUGGCGAGAGCUGAUUUACAUUUACGCAAACACUUAGAUCAAAUUAUAUUUAGUACCACCUUGUGCACCAGUAUAGAUUUUACCGAUCUGUGAAAUCGAUUAGUGAAAGGGACAGAAAUGUUUCAUAUCUUACGAAAACAGAUUUGUCUUUGUUUAAGUGUUUGAAGAACGGCACGUCUUUUCUGCUCAAUUCGUUUCUAAUAAGGUACUUAAAAUAUUUUGUUAUCAAAAACCCAUCUCGAAAAUGGGUGGAAAUGAAUCACCCGCAAGGCAGGUAUGAUCAGGAAGGCAUGAUCUUUCAAAAGAACGUUAACUCGACUGGAGAAUACUUAAAAUUGUUAGUAGCAACAAAGAAAGACAUUAAAUUUCUCAUAGAAUAAACAAAUCCAUUGUAAGUCAAACACAAUGACAAUAAUCUUUGCAAUUAAAAACGUUUGUAAACCUUGGGAUGUAAAUCUACCGGUCCAUUUCAGCAGGUCACUUCCUUCUCUCGGUGCACUUCCGUAACUUAAUAGGAGUGAUUAGUUUUCUUUCUUCCUUAAUAACACUACGACAACAAAAUGGUUUUUUGAUACGACUAGUCGGCCACAAUCACCCCAAGGAUUAAACACGUUUAAAAGAAGUUUAGUUAAACAGGUUUUGUUGGUUCUUCUUGAAAACGUUGCUGGUUUUUGCCGACUACAAACAUAGGGCAAAGGGGAACACUUGUUACGCCCUUUCGCUCUCUUAGAGAGCGUGGAUGAUGGAGUAGUGUUGCAAAUCAAUUCUCACUCUUUUUGAGUCACUCUGUGAACAAAAUUCUUUUGUGAUGCGAGAAAUUCAAAUGGAACCUUUUUGGCAGUACUUUCACAUGACGCUAUUUGUUUUCAAGCAUUUUCAAAAAUGAAGUUUGCAUUUUUCUUUUUCUUUUUUUGGAAUUUUGCCGGACUUAAAGCAUUUCCGGGAGUGAAAGCGUUAAAAGGUCUCCUGAAUCUUCAAGUCAUUCAGUUUUUUGUGUUUAACUUUUUUUAAUUAAAUACGUUUUGCUGGCGUGAACGGGGCGUAAGGCCACCAACUCAGGCUUAAUAAGGGAAAGACCCUUAACUCAGAGAAUUUGAGGGUAGCUUCACAUAUGAGUUUAGUUUAAAAAAUUUCUCGCUGCAACCUCAAGAGAACCUCACUGCAGGGUACUGACUGACCACAAGGGUGCCGAACAUAAAAAACUAAGUCUGUUUUCUCUGCGUGAGCGUUUUCCAUAGACUCAUCAGCACCAUGCAUCUGCUUUAAUCAAAUUAACCAUAUAGCCUUACUUUGAUCUCUCUUUUUCUUUAUGCUUUUUUUUUGUUAUAAUUUUCAACAGGAUCAGUUGGCAACGUUAUGGUUUGUGCUGUUGUGUUUAAAAACCAAAGAAUGCAAACAGCUAUGAACUUAUUUUUGGUGAAUUUAGCAGUAUGGGACAUCCUCGUUUGCUUGUUCAACAUUCCUUUCACAUUGAUUUACAAUCAUCUCAAAUCUUGGCCUUUUGGAUUGUUCUGGUGCAAGACGAUGCCGAGUAAGUAAACAUCCAUUAGUGUUCAUAAUAUUUAUUUGUUUAAUCUAAAAACAUCCUUUUGCUCCUGUGAUGACAAUUUGACUAAUGUAUUGAACUGCUACGUGUAUAUGUAGAUGGCUAUCGGCUCAUGGAUGUACCACGAAGCAGCCGGAUAGCAGAAGAUAUCUUUAGCUAUUUUUAUCUAAGGCGUGCAAUUUACUAAAAUUAGAUGAAAGGGGCACUAGACUUUCACUUUGCAAUACGUACGACAUACGUAAUUAAACAAAAACGGAACGCCUUGUUGUGAAGUUCAGAGUUUAGGGGAUCAGUCCGUCAGGCAAACCGAGCGUCGUCACCAUUUACACACUGAGCCAUAUAGUUGAGAAUCUAGUGUCGGUAAAAUGUAUUGAACAUGAAAUUAGACCUUAUGGAAGAGGGCACUGCAGCUACAAAGUGUAGCCAAAUAUGCCGAACACAGGGAGGAAAAAUACGUCGCCACAAAUGGGAGUCAAUAUUCUCUGUGGAACGUUUUCAAAUUUACGUCACGGCGGCCAUAUUGGUGUUCCAAAACAAUGAAACGGCGGCCAUAGUUGGUGUGCCAAAAAUCAAUCCUGCGAGAGUUAAACGCUUUUUCUAUGUAAAAGCUUUCUUUCGUGGCUUCCAAUAAAUUUGCAUAGAUGUUAACCACGUGAUUGAGAACGCUCUAUAGCUUUCCAAACGGAUUGACGCGAACAAUUUUGACUUUCCAAUCGUCUUUUCCACUUCCCCAUAAGCAAAGUCAUAUACCCCUGCGUCUCUGACUCUUGUGAGAAGAUUAUAAUUUCAGCACUUUUUGUCUGACACUAAGCCGAAUUUUCUCUUUAGCUUUGCAGGUGAUGAAUCUCAGCGCAUCCACCGGUUCCUUAGUAGCCAUCACUAUUGAGCGUUACCGGGCCAUCUGCCUUCCUUUCACACCGCCGCUAUCAAAAUUCCAAGCCAAGCUUACCAUAGCAAUUGUUUCUAUGGCCUCGUUUUUGGUGGCCCUUCCAGAGGUGGGGGCCUACAAGCUUGGACAACCCUUCGGUUGCAUAGAGCAAUUCCCGUCUGUACAACUGAGAAAAGCGUAUUCGUUGCUCCUCUUCCUGGCGUGUUAUUUGCUUCCGUUGUUGUUCAUCGCCCCAGCUUACACGAGAAUGAUCUUAAGACUAUGGCAUGACCGUGACGACUUUCCAAGUGGUGGCGUGACAGAAGAUCCCAAGAGCCAUAAGAGAAAACGGAACGUACUGAAAAUGAUGGUUAGCGUUGUUGUGUGCUACGCCAUCUGCAUGCUGCCCACUUACGCGCUAUUCCUAUGGCUUGACUUCGGUUUAACAGGUUACUAAUAGAAUUGCUGUCUUUAACAUUUGAGUGAUCGGUAUCAAGGAGCGAGUUUGUGUGGAGACCGAGCUACAGAGCUAGGGAGGGAGUGGAUGAGUGAGUGAGGUGGGAAAGCCUGGCGGAUGAAGGAACUGAGGAUGAUCUUGUUGAGUGAGAAGGGAAUAAGGGGACUUGGGAGUGAAGGAGGGAGUGAGAGGACGGAGAGAUCAGAGGGGUGAUCAGGGGGACUGAGAUAGGAAAACGAGGAUGAGUUAUUGGUAAGAGGAGGAGGGAACGAAGAAGUUGGCAAAAAAGGAAAGGAGGGGAAGAGAAGGAGUAGUAAGGCGAAGAAUGAGGGAGAAGAAGGCGAAGGAAGAAGGCAGAGAGAGAGGGAGAGAAAGAAGAAAGGAAGGAAGACAGGAAGGACGGGAGGGAGGAAAGGAGGAAGGGAGGGAAGGAGAAAAGGGAAGGAGAAAAGGGAAGGAGGAAGAAAGUGAAUGAGUAAGUUACUGAGAAAGGAAGACGGUGAGUAACAAUUAAGGGCGGAGGAAUGAGGAGGUAGGGAGAGAAGGGGUGAGUAAGUCAUCCGUGAGCGACAAGGGAAAAAAAUUAAGGGAGGGAGGAAGGAAGGAAGGAAGAAAGAAAGGAAGGCAGGAGGAGGGAGGGAGGGGUGAGGGAGGGAGGGAGGAAGGAAGGAAGGAAGGAAGGAAGGAAGGAAGGAAGAAAGAAAGGAAUGAGGGGGAAGGAAGAAGUGAGGGAGGGAGGGAAGGAAGGGAGGAACGUUGGUAGGUAGAAUGGAAGGCUUGUGUAAUUGAAGUUAAAAUCCAUGAAGGACUGGUGAGCCCAAACGUCAAGAAUUUAAAAUUCAAUUUAAAUACAAUAAUUAUUUCAGCUAAAUUAUUCACGGUCGCUGUUUCAAUCUUAAAACCAGUCUUUGCUCAAUUGCAAACCACAGCACUAUUUUACGUUAUCAAGAAGACGUUUUGCAAAUUUGAGCAUUUGUUUUUUCAAUUUGGCACGAAACUAUUCUUACCUUAAAACGUUACCACUCACGUUUCCCAUAAUAUAAGAAAACUACCACUUACAGUUUCAGUGUAUCGGCGGCAGAGUAACGACAGAGAAAUAAUUUCACCGUUUACAGUCAUUUGUAAGAUUUGCAUUGGAUAUUCUUUUAACUGACGUAAAACAUAAUUCUCAUCCUUGUUUGUUUGUCUUUGGUUUUUGCAGGGAAUACACCUUCAUACUUCUUUACUUUACUCAGCUUUACGCAGAUUAUGAACUUCUUCAACAGUUGUGUGAAUCCGAUAAUUUACUGGUGCCUCAGUGAACAGUUCUCGAAAGAAUUCAGAAAACUGCUGGGGUGCAAUAAAUUCAACAAUUUCACUAGACAUCACUCUUCCACUACCUCCUCCGAACCAAACGUUCCCUCUAAUGUCAAUCACAACACCGUACCAACAAAAGUAUGA